AUGGGCUCCAACCUUGUCCAGACUCCUUUACCUGUGGCCAUUUUUGGUCUUUUCAUUACCCUUUUACCAAGGCAGAACAACCAGACUGUGGUUUUGCAGGACGGGCUACUAGCAAUUGGGAAUUUGGUAUGGCUAUCGUAUAUUUGUUCAACUUCCUCUUGUUUUAUCACCUUCUACUCAUCCUCUGUGCCGGUUAUGGAUAUGGGCACCAAGGUUGUCCACACUCCUUUACUUGUGGCGAUCUUGGGCAACAUUCAGCAGGAUGGGAUUUUAAUUUCGGAUGAAGAUUUGCACCGGCGUUUACAAAACAACAUCUGUGACACUUUGAAUAAUAGCUACAGUCUUCAAUCCCAUUCUCCUUUAUACUCUUAUUAUGUAAAAUAUAAUGUGACACUGUUCCGAUGCAAACAUGACCUCAAUAUGAAACCCCCACCACAUUAUUUUAAUCAUUCCUGCACUGAGUAUGGUUAUGAUAUCUAUUAUGACAGCCUUUCCUUACCAAGGAAUGAUGAAGCUCAUAAACUUUUCUCAUCCUGCUCAGUUCUUCACUUAGCAAAAAAGGACAAGGCCGAUACCACAGACAUUCUAUCGUUUUUAUCUGCUCAGAUGACUGUUCAAAUAGUAUUAUCUAAGGAUUGUGAUGAGUGCUAUAAUCUCAGAGAAGGUCAAUGUCUUCUUGACCGCGAUCAUCAGUUCUACUGUCACAAAGAAAAAUCCCGAAAGAAGAUGCCGGUAGUGGCAACAGCUUCUGCCUUGGUAGUAGCUGGAGUCGUUGUUUUACUGAUGGUCCUGGCUUGCUGCUUCAGGACAAAUAUCAUCUCUGCUAUUACUCUUUUGUUUCCAAGGGAUCCAACCCAUCGGAUUAUUGAGGGGUUUCUGAAGGAGCACGGACCCCUUCCUACGGCGAGGUAUAGUUAUUCGGAGGUUAAGAAAAUGACAAACUCUUUCAGAAACAAAUUAGGCCAAGGGGGAUUCGGUAGUGUAUAUAAAGGGAAAUUACACGACAGACAUGUUGCGGUGAAGAUUUUAAAUAGAUCAGAAGGCAAUGGAGAAGAAUUCAUCAAUGAAGUGGCAAGUAUCAGCAGGACUUCACAUGUUAACGUUGUCAGGCUUUUGGGGUUUUGUUUGGAUAAGUCUAAACGGGCUCUAAUAUACGAGUUUAUGUCUAAUGGAUCUCUAGAUAAGUUUAUAUAUGAUGACAAAAGUUCAAUGCGGGCUUCUUGCCAAUUGGAUUACGAAAUACUAUAUGAUAUUGCAAUUGGCAUUGCACGUGGAUUAGAGUACUUACACAGAG